AGAACCAGGCAGGAGAUCUGGGCGUUUAGGUCCAAACUUCGGCGGCGGGCGACAGGUAGCAGAGACUCCAGAGAAGCAUGGCUCGGUGUAAUGUUUGCGUGGUGGCCCUGGCGGCUGUGUUGCUGCUAGUUUUUGCCAUUGUCUCCAGAUCCAAUGGCCUGAAGGGCAGGGAGUUUCAGGGGGCGUCGCGAAUACCUUCUGAGUUCAGCGAAGAGGAGCUCGUCGCUAUGAAAGAGGCGCUGAAAGGUGCUAUCCAGAUUCCCACAGUGUCUUUCAGCCAUGAAGAAUCCAACUUCACAGCCCUGGCUGAGUUUGGAGAAUACAUACAUAAAGUCUUUCCUGCAGUAUUCAACACCAGCUUUAUCCGGCAUGAAGUUGUGGGAAACUACAGCCACUUGUUUACUAUCCAAGGCUCAGAGCCCAGCCUGCAGCCCUACAUGCUGAUGGCUCACUUUGACGUGGUGCCUGCCCAUGAAGAGGGCUGGGAGGUGCCCCCCUUCUCAGGGCUUGAGCGUGAUGGCUUCAUCCAUGGUCGGGGGACACUGGACAACAAGAACUCUGUGAUGGCAAUCCUUCAGGCCUUGGAACUUCUACUGACCAGGAACUACAAGCCUCGAAGAUCUUUCUUCAUUACUCUGGGCCAUGAUGAGGAGGUGUCAGGAACAAAUGGGGCUCAAAAGAUGUCAGCACUGCUACAGGCCAGGGGUGUCCAGCUAGCCUUCAUUGUGGACGAGUGUGGCUUCAUCUUGGAUGGAUUCAUUCCCAAUCUCCAAAAGCCCUUUGCCAUGAUUUCCAUCUCAGAGAAGGGUGCAAUUGACCUCAUGCUGCAAGUGAACAUGACUCCAGGCCACUCUUCAGUACCGCCAAAGGAGACAAGCAUUGGCAUCCUCUCAGCCGCUCUCAGCAGACUGGAGCAGACGCCAAUGCCAAACAUGUUUAAAAGUGGACUGUUGAAGACGACAUUGCAGCAACUGGCAAGCGAGUUUUCCUUUCCUACCAAUAUAGUCUUGAGCAACCUGUGGUUGUUUGGGCCCCUUGUAAGCAGGAUAUUGGAGAGAAAUGACGUGACCAAUGCGCUGAUCAGGACCACCACAGCGCUUACCAUGUAUAAUGCAGGGGUCAAGGUGAACGUCAUCCCCCCGGUGGCCAAAGCCACAGUCAACAUCCGGAUUCACCCUGCACAGACAGUUGUGGAGGUCCUGGAACUCAUCAAGAACAUUGUGGCUGAUGACCGAGUCCAGUUCCACGUGUUGAGAGCCUUUGACCCCCUACCCAUCAGCCCCAUUAAUGACCAGGCCUUGGGCUACCAGAUGCUCCACCAGACCAUACAGUCUGUCUUCCCAGAAGUCAAUAUUGUUACUCCAGGUACUUGUAUUGGCAACACAGACAGCCGACACUACACCAACCUCACCACUGGCAUCUAUCUGUUCAACCCUGUCUACCUUCAGCUUCAGGACUUCAGAAGCAUCCAUGGAAUCAAUGAGAAAAUCUCUGUCCAAGGCUACCAGACUCAGGUGAAAUUCAUCUUUGAGUUGAUCCAGAAUUCUGACACUGACAGGAAGCCCGUUCCUCACCUGCAUGAACUGUGAAGUCGAGGAGCCAGCAGGGGUAGGGGUGCCUUACAUGGGGCCCACACAAAACUAAGGGCCUAGACAAAGCCAAGGUUGAUGAGAGUUGUGGUCAAAACCACAUUGUAAUACAUGGCUCAUCUCACCCACUCCUCACCACAACUCACUGAAGACAGGGCCAGGAGUAAGGGAAGGUCAGCAGAAAUCUGGCUUUUCUUUUCCUCCCAACAUUUGCAUCCAUAAGCUGACUGGCAUUUACUGCCUUCUUGUCCCUCCUAUCUUGGAAGGGACGGGACCCCUCUGAUUUCUGCUGGUUAUUUGACUGCUCUACCUCCAGGCCUGAUUUAACAAAUACCAGUUUGAAAAAUCUCCACCCGGUUUUACCUGAUAGAAGUGAAAAUCUAGGGUACUUUUGCUGGACUGCCUUCUCCAAAGCUCAUGAUGUAUCUCUUCUUGCCAGAACCUCCUUUCCCCUGUCAUUCUCUCUCUUCUCGAACUCACAAGCUGCCUCUUCGUCUCUCCUCUUUUGCCUCUGCAUCUCUCCCUCUACUCUCCGAUUUAUUCUACAUCUGGAAUAGGACUUAGUCAAACUGAUGCUACCAUAAUUGCCACCAAUGAUCAAAUAAAAAGAUCUGUGCAGCACCAACUGAACACUGAGGGGUAAACCUGAGGUGAGGACUCUGGGGGACCCCACACCUCCUGUCUCUGAAGGCUGGGCCCUGGAGAAGAAAGCUUCUGUCCUUGGGUUCCUCCCAAGGGCUCUCUGGGCUUUGCUCCCUCUCCUGCCCUGUUCUUGCCACCUGCUGCUGCUGUCCCACCCCAGGAGGCACUAAUCUGUAGAAACAUUUCCCUGGCACAUCUAUGGGCUAAGCUUCCCAGGGAAGGGCACUCAUGACCCAGCCUCUCAGUGGAUCUUAGCACCGGCAGACCUUGGCCCUGGCCUGGUCUGGUUCAGACUGAUCAAGGGGAAGUGGAGGGCAUGAGGAAGGAGGAGGAGGGGGAGACUGGUUUGAGGGGCUCUGCCCUGGGCCAGUGGGGUACAAAGAGGCAGGCACAAGAUAGUCUCCAUUAGGUGACAGCAAAGCUCCUGUCUUUUUUUUUUUUUUUCCUGGACUCCAUUCCUGAGCAUAUUUGAAUCUGCUCAGUAGCUGCCAGGUGGGGGGCAUUGGAAAGAGCAUUUCUUGGCUCAAGUCCAGGAGCUGUGCUUUGUGGAUCACAAGGGAGUCAGGGUCACAGAGGGAGACACAGAGAACUGGGACUUGAGAGACUCCCUCUCUUUUUCCCUCACCAGGCAAGGACCUUCCUUGCUUUUCCUGGGGUUUGAUUGCAAUGGGUUCCUUUGCCCUCUCCUCGUAACCCGCUGAGUGCCCCCCACCCCCAACUCCUUACCUCCCUUCCGUGGAUGUAAGCUGCUCCUUGGAGCUUGGUCUUAAUUGUUAGUGUUAGAAACACAAGUGGGGAUUAUUCCGGCUUUUUUGCUGCUCCUGCUAAGAUUCACAUUCCUUCCCUAGCCCUCCCUUUUUUUGGCCAAUUCAGUACUUAUUCAGCCUUUGUUAGAGGGCAAACUGAAGAACAAAAAUAAUCCUUCACAUUUGUGCAGAGCUAUACAAAGUAGUUCCAUGGACCUCAAUUAUCUCUGCAGAGCCCCACAAGAACCCCAGGAAGAAGGUAAUGCUACCCCUCUCACAGGGGACAAAUUGAUCUUCAGAGUGGUUACACAUCGAGCUGGGGGCAAUCAGCUCAAACCAACAUGGCUUGGUUCCAAGCUCACUGUUCCCCCAAGAUCCCAAGUCACCAAGGGAAUCUACUUCCCAUGGCUUCUUUUGUUUAAUCCUCACAACCACUGCUGUGGCUUGAGUGUCUCCUCAUUCUUCAUGUGUUGGAAACUUAAUCCCCAAAGUCACAUGCGAAUGGUAUUAAGAGAGUGGAAAAUUAAUCAGACUCUGGUCUUUAAAGGUGGGGACCUUAGAAGGUGAUUAGGAUGAAAGUCAUCAGAGUGGAGUCCCAUGAUUGUUUUACUGGUGGCUUUUUGGGAUUUGAGGAGAUCAAUAUGUUUAUCCUGAUUUAAACAUUACACAUGUACAUAAGUAUCGAAAUAUCACAUGGCACCUCAUUUAAAAAGAAAGAGACCAGAAGGUAUGGAAAAAUGCCUUUGUGGGCUCCAUCUCUGUACUCUGCCAACAAGAAGGUCCUCAGCAGAGAGCCAACUAACUCAUACCCUCCCUUGUCCCACUCACUCUUGAACUCCAGAACCUUGAGUCAAAAUAAACCUCCUUUCUUUAGAACUCA